AUGGACUCCCCCCGCCCCAAACCGACCCUCCUAACCCUCCCCCUCGAACUCCGCCAAAUAAUCUACACUUACCUCUUCACCACCCAACCCAUCACCAUCCAACGCGAACCCAUCCCCUCCCUCACCACCAACCCACCCAACAAAACCAAAACCCCCCUACCCUCCCCCGACAACCCAUCCCCAACAACCCCCAACAAACCCCACAACCAACCCAGCUACGCCCUCCUCCUCACCAACCGCCAACUCCACCACGAAACCCAGCACCUCGCCUACAGCGCCCCGCUCUUCCACACCGAAGAACCCGAGGCAUUCGCCAACUUCACCAGCGGCCUCACCCGCCCCCAGAUCCAGACAAUCCGCCAUCUAUCCUUCUUCCUCCCGCAGUCACAAGGCAUGGAAACGCACGCCGCGGAGUGGCACGAGACGUUCGCAUUCGUCAGCCUCGCCUGCCCGCACCUCCGCUCCGUGUCGGUCGCAAUGGCGCUGGCGUUCCCGUCCGCCAGCGGGAAGGAUACUUACUGGGAUGGGGGGCUGUUGGAGCUGGAUCGGGUGACGGGGCUGCGGGGGAUGAGGGUUGUGAUCUACCGUCCGGGGGAGGGUGGGAAGAACGAUCUGUUCUUUGGAUAUACGGCGGGGAGGUUGCAUCCGGCCGUAUCUGAUCUUCAGAUGGAUACUGCGGCGGUGGGGGCUGGUGCUGGUGCUGGUUCUGGGUCGACUGCAGAUCGGCCGAUAAGCUUCCAUCACGCGCGGGAUACCCUCCGCCGAGCAUUAUCACUACCCGACAGCAACUCAGGCCGGCUGUUCUUCCGCACCUCGCCGAACGUCUUCCCUCUGUACGUCCGGAAUCUUACGGAGAUGCUGCUGCGCCGGCAACGAUCGCACGCCGAGAUCCGCGGGGAGGAUCGCAUGCAGCGGAGUGAGUUGUAUCACUAUGUGUAUCUGAAUGGGAGGGCGUUUGAGGAGGAUCGGAUCUCUGGGUUUCAGUAUAGUACUAGCAAGAGGCUGAAGGAAUGGGAGUUUCUGCGCGCGCUGGAGGGAGUUCGGCUGGCGAGGGAGCGGUUGCGUGUGCGGCGUGAGAAGGGGGAGUUGGGGGCUUGUCAGCUUCCUAAGGUUCGGGGGCCGGUGGCUUUGAGGGAGAGGGGUGGGCUACGUCGGGUUCAUAAGGAGGGUACAGUGGUGGGGGUUGAGGUUGCCGCUGAGAGGCCGGGGGCCUGGAGGAGGCAACUACUGCUGGAGGCGUCGGCCCCUCUUAUUGAAUCAUUCCCUGAUUGCGUAGCGCGGCCGUAUCAUUCUAAGGGGAGGGGUUCUGGCUGUUUGAGGGAGACGAUUUGAUGGUAAGACAUUGGGUUGAUUUACACUGGAGCUAUUCUUUAAUGCAUGCAUGGAAGGAUAAAAACCGCACUUAGAUAUGUGUAUACGGCUCAUAGCCACACCGAGGUGCUCCCUCAGAACUGCUUAACCACCCGCUGAAACCGAGGAGGCU